UGUGGCGGUGCCCUGGGCAUUGCUGCUGUCGUGUGACAUCUGACAGUCUGCUCACAGGUUUUGCAGUGCCUGGAGGUUUAUGCCUGGGUCAUUCCCUGGUGAAAUAAUUUUUUCAGGGGAGCAGGGAUGCCAUGGAAAUCUGGGAGAAAAAAAAAUCUCUGUCCCUGUGCUUGAAAAACUGCUGUAUGAGGUCCUGUUUCUUGCUCUUUCUCCAGUUCCACACCAAUAACAGGCUGAAACAUCAAACAUCUGUGAAGCCUGCCAGUCUGUCCAGGCAGGAAGAGGAUACAAUGGACAGCAGGACUGGCUUUGAGCAGGACAGAGACUGUGUCACUUUAGGGCAUGGCCAGGGGCUGAAACUGGAACCCUGUUUCCAGACUGACUCUCUCUUGCCUUCCCCCAAUGCAUCUCCGAUGCCACAGUUCCUCAGCCGCACAAUGGCUGCCAAGAACCUGGAUCCCACCAUCCUUUUCCCUUCCUCUCAGGCAGUGGCCCUGCCUCACGAGUACAAAGGUGGUGCAUGUCCUGGAGAAGAAGCACAAGCCCUGGCUUUCCCCAGGAGCCGUGCCCCGGCUCCUGUGCCCUGUGCUGGUGACCAGCUCUCCAACCAGCAGCCACGGGAGCAGCUCUGCGACCAGCACUUACGAGCCAAACGGGCCAGGGUGGAGAGCAUCAUCCAGGGCAUGAACCUCCCACCAACCCCUCAGGCAUUUGACAUGAGCCCAGAAGCAGCUUUUAGGCAUGAGAGGGAAAGGGGUGGUGAGAUGCCCCAGGAGAGCAAGAGAAAGCCAAGGGUGUCCCAGCAGGGCGAGGGGGCAGCUGGACGAGUGACUCCCACAGGGGGAACUUCCCAUGCCAAGGGCUGUCAGCAGCUGAAGGAGCAGCUCUGCUUUUUAGAGCAGCAGUUGAGGUGGCUUCAGGAGAAGUUCUACCAAGUCUGUGACUCUGAGGAUGCUCCCCAAAUCCAGGAAGAGUCUGAGAAGGUACAGCCACUGCCUGGAAAGCCAGAAGACAGACUGAACAAGGACAGUGCUACUGCCACCAGCAACCCACACAAAGCGCCUCUCAGGAGGCAUGUCCUGAGUGGGCUGGAGGAGGCUGAGGACAGAGGUGACACAGGUGGCCUGCCCUCUGUGGUGAGGGUACUCUCACAGGCACUGAAGCACGAGCUUGCUGUGGUGACAUCCCAGGUAGUGGACUCUGUCCUGAAGGCUGUCUGGCCGAAGGCAGACAGACACAUCCAGAAGCAGCACCACAGCCUUCCGAUGCUGGGGCCAGAUGCCAGGAGAGAGUAUUCUGCUGGUGGGAAAUGCAGAAAGCCACUUGCUAAGCCAUCUCACAUGAAUGCACCAGGCUCCCUGGGCUCACUCCAGGCUGAGGUCCUGCCAGGAGCUUUGAGGAAGAGCCUGGGCUCUUAUGCUAGCUCCUUCAAUUCAAAGGGGGUCAAAAAAUCCUCUCAGGUACCCAGCAUGGGUUAUUCACUGGGCUCGGCCACCCCUGCCCAGCACAGCCAGCUGCUGAGCCAGCUGUUGGGCUACAGCCAGCACAACCCCUGGGGCAGCGACUCCCAUGAGAGCCCAUCUGCUCUGGAGAGGGAUUGUCCAGAGCCCCUCAACUUGCACUGGGGAACCAUUAAACUGAGGUCAUCAACUGUGAGACAGCAGCAGCACCAUCCCCUGCCCCUGAGCCCUGCCAACAUGGAGAGCCUGGUACUACUCCCGAUGCAGGAGGCGCUGACCCCCGGGCACCUGAAGAAAGCCAAGCUGAUGUUUUUCUUCACCCGCUACCCCAGCUCCACUCUGCUGAAGACCUACUUCCUUGAUGUGCAGUUCAGCCGCUGCAUCACCUCCCAGCUCAUCAAGUGGUUCAGCAACUUCCGUGAGUUUUACUACAUCCAGGUGGAGAAGUUUGCCCGGCAGGCCCUGCUGGAGGGUGUUGUGGACGCUUGCACUCUCCAGGUCUCCCGGGACUCAGAGCUCUUCCGUGCCCUCAACAUGCACUAUAACAAGGGGAAUGACUUCGAGGUGCCAGGGCGGUUCCUGGAGGUGGCCAGCCUGACACUGCAGGAGUUCUUCAGCGCCGUCAGGGCGGGCAAGGAUGCCGACCCCUCCUGGAAGAAACCCAUUUACAAAAUCAUUUCCAAACUGGACAGUGAUAUCCCAGAAGGGUUCAAAGCUGCUGGCUGCUCCCAGGAACUGCUCCACAGCUGAGCCUUUGUGAAAGCAGCCCUGGGUUGUAUGUGCAGCCACCACGUGCUAAGCACCUCAUGGGCACGCUGUACAGCACCUGUUGUUUGGGGUAUUCUCUCUCUGAGGGCCAUGCCUCUCUGUAACACAGCUCCUUAGGUAAGGCCUAGCACUUGCCUUGUGCUGGAGUUUCAUGAUGUAUGUUUUAUUCUGCUGCUCAGAACUGGUGGGGACUGCCAGAAGGGAGGGAUAGAGACAAAGCCACCAGGCUGGAGCCUGAGAAGUUGCCCUGGCCCAGCUCUCCCCAUGACCCUGGCUGAGCUGCCUUCAUUCUCUCUUCCAGAGGGUCACAAACCAGGGCAAACAGCCUUGCUGUUUAUAAAACAGGAAGAAGUCCUAGUAGUGGGCAAAGUUUCCUUGGCACAGCAGACUAGCGGAUGUGCUGAGUCCAAAAAGCAUGACUCAGUUUCUGUCCAGAUACAACACCCCAGUGUCCAAAGAAAACAGCUGGUGAAUUCCAGCAUUUCAAGCACUCCAUGGGGAUAGUUGUUCCUGUCUGGGAUAUGUAAAAAUGAUGUUUGUUGUAGCCAGCAAGAACAACACUCUCCUCCACCUCCCCUGUGCUGUUAGACAAGACCCUCCCCAUGCAGCUGUGUGCUGUAGCCAAGCAAGUGUGUGCUCCUCAGCAGUGUUCUCUGGGAUGCUGGAGGAGAGCAGGGUGCACAGCCAGCACUGCUUGGCACUCCAAAGAGCCUUCAUCAGCCCAUCACCUGGGAGGAUAACUCCAUGUUAAACACCCACACAUUUUUCCUUUCACCCUGUUCCUGCUGGCAAAACUGCCCCACGCAUCUCUCUUCUGCACCCUGCCCUUGGUGAGAGAGGAGAAUGUUAUUUGGGAUCCAUCAGUCCCUGUGGGUUUAACACAAGCUGGGGAAGAGCUGGGCCUUGACAUCUACAAUUCCAUUACUGUAAGGGUUGUAAAGGAGGUUUCUUUAUCCUGUGGCCAAGGCUUAAUGACUGCUUUUCUCCCUGAUGGAACAUGGAGCUUUGUGUUAAGGGCUCUCUAAUCCUGACAGAGGUGGCAGUGGAAAGGAAAAGGAAGAGGAGGGAGUCCUGACAGGGGCCUGGCACGAGGGCACUGGGAGGGCAAUGAUGAGCAACAGCAUACCCAUGCAAAACCCUCAGGGAGAAGAAGACUGGGAAAGGCCAAAAUAAUUUUGGGAGUGCUGUAAGGUGUCAGCUGGUAUUAGAGUGCAGCAAGUGACUCUUGAGAGGAGAAUCGCAGCUCCAGCAUCAGAUGAGCACAUGGGGUGAUCCACAGGCAAUGCAUCUACAGGAGUAAAGAAGUGGUAACAUCAGGGCACAAUGGGAAGCUCUGAAAUAGGGGCAGUGGUUCCCCCCAUCAUGAGUGUGGCCACACAGAUUUCCUGCUUAUUUUUGUAUUUUUA